AGUUGUUAUCACACCACAUUCUUGGUAAUAAUAUUCUAUGAUUUAUUAAAACAUUAAAAGGACACAAUGACAUCUGUAAUUCAAAAUGGAUUGCCUAUAACAAUUGAAUUUGGGGGUGGAGCGGAAACACUUUUUAACAAUGUUAAAAGACAUUCCAUAACGUUACCACCACAGAAGGACGAUACACUCUGGACAAUAAAAAAUUUAUUAACAUGGAUGAAGAAUAAUUUAUUGACCGGGAAACCAGAUUUAUUUUUAAGAGGCGAUACAGUGCGGCCAGGGAUUAUUGUUGCUAUAAAUGAUGUUGAUUGGGAAUUAUUAGGCGAUGUUGACUAUGAAAUUAAAGCAAAUGAUAACAUAUUUUUUAUUUCAUCUCUUCAUGGCGGAUAAUCAGAAUAAUUAGAUUUUUCUAAAAUAAGAAUAUUUUUAUUUU